AUGUCUUCUUCAAAGUUUCUUCUUCACUUCUUCCUUGCAAUUUCUUAUUCAAAUCUUCUUCAUAGAAUUUUAUUCAAUUCUUCUUCUAGGAUUCUUUUCAGUUCUUCAUCACAGUUUCUUAUUCAGAUAUUAUUCACAGUUUCUUAUUCAAUUCUUUUUCAAGGAUUCAUCUUCAGUUCUUCUUCAUUGAUUCUUUUUCAUGGAUUCUUCCUCAUGGAGUCUUCUUCAAUUCUUCUUCACAUUUUCUUCUUCAAUUCUUCUUCAGGUCUUCUUCAAAGUUUCUUCUUCUGUUCUUCCUCACAGAUUCUUUUCAGUUUCUUAUUCAGAACUUCUUUGCAGUUUUUUCUUCAAGGAUUCAUUUUCAACUCUUCUUCACAGAUUCUUCUUCAAAUCUUCUUUAUAGAUUCAUUUUCAAUUCUUCUUCAUUCUUCAAUUUCUUCAUUCAUUCUUCUUCUUCAAUUUCUUCAAUUCUUCUUCAUGCAUUCUUCUUCACGGAUUCUUCAUCAGUUCUUCUUCAUGGAUUCUUCUCCAAUUGUUAUUCAUUUUCAAUUCUUCUUCAGGGAUUCUCUAAUGGAUCUUCUUCUUCUUCUUCAAUUCUUCUUCAGUUCUUCUUCAUUCUUCUUCAUGCGUUCUUCUGCAUGGAUUCUUCUUCAAUUCUUUCUUCAUAGGAUUCUUUAUCAUUUCUUUUCAAUUCUUCUUCUUCAAUUCUUCUUCAGGUUCUUCUUCAAUUCUUCUUCAUGCAUUCUUCUGCAUGGAUUCUUCUCAAUUGUUGUUCAAAAUUCUUCUUCUUCUUCAUAG